AUGAAGUACACAGUAUACGAUCGCCUGCUGAAGCGCGAAGUCGGCCAGCAGCGCAAGAAAUACACGGAUAUCCGAGGCAUCUAUGGCGACCGGCAAUGGGUGGACAACCUAGACAUCGUCAACGAGUUGGAAGGCCACAACGGCUGUCAUCGGAGUAACAUUUUCUCUGUCAAGUUCAUGCCCUACUCGAACGACCGGACCAUUGUAUCUGCGACCGACGACGUCCGAAUAUUUGACAUCGAGCACAGUGGGCACUCCGCGCUUGGUUCUGCAGGCAGAUCGAAUACUGGAAGGCGUUCUAUGGGCAUGGCAAGAGAUGGCGUCACUCUUACUGAGGGGGACACAAAUGCAAAAGUGUUCCGCUCCCACACCGACACCGUCAAGCGUAUAGUAACAGAGGACACGCCCUUCUAUUUCUUGACGUGUUCAAAUGAUGGCGAUGUACGGCAAUGGGAUGUCCGGCAACCUUCAAGUGCCUAUCCGCGGGCCAAGGACACAUUGGUACCGCGAUGGGCCAGAGAUGAGGAUGCAUCCGAUAACGCCCCACCGCCAUUGAUCUCCUACAGUCGCCAUGGAUUAGAUCUGAACACCAUCUCAUGCUCUCCAUCGCAGCCUCAUUACAUUGCACUUGGAGGUGCACAUUUGCAUUGCUUCCUCCACGAUCGGCGUAUGCUCGGUCGGGACCGCAACAACGAGCGUGGAUCUAGGCUGUCGAGUCCAGGAAACUGGAGUGAGCACGAGGAUGAAUCGCUUGGCAAGGCCACCCAAUGUGUGAAGAAGUUCGCGCCUAAUGGCAAGAAACGGAUGCGCCGAAACGAUGGCGGCCACAUUACAGCGUGCAAGAUCAGUGAUGCGCACCCUAAUGAGCUAAUUGUGAGUUGGUCGCAAGACCACAUCUACAGCUUCGAUAUGCUACGUGCGCCAGAUGCUAGCGAAGAAGUCAAGACUACAAAGGUCUCUCAGGGUGACUCAAGCCACCGGGUCAAGGGCAAGAUGAGGAAGCGCAAGCGACCAAAAUCCCGCACGCUCUCAGAAGAAAGUGCUGCAAGAGUCGGCUCCAGGCAACGUACCGAAAGUUCUGAAGAGGAUCUUGCACUUCGAGUAAGGUAUGAAAAUGGUCAAAUUGAGGAUAUUCGCAUCGAGCCUCCUGCGGAGAAUGGCAUGUCUCGCGAAGAGUUGAAUGAUCUCAGAUCCACAGACCAUUAUCGCAUUGCAAAGACCACAGUCGUGAUUGCGAAGCGCAUAUUCGAUCUUGCCGAGCAUGGCGAGACUGGGCUGAAGCUGGCAUUUACGUCCAUCCUAGGUUUUGCAAAUUCAAUAUUGUCCGACAUGGACGAGAUUGCACGAACAUGGGGAUAUCCCGUAGAUCCGGACCCAGUUGAUGUUGCUGUUCAAAACAAGUUAAGAGACAGCCGUGCGGCUUCGCGUCGCUUUGUUCAGGCAGCUGGAACACUUGCACGGGUUCUGGGCGGACAGCUAUUGACAGGGUCAAACUCAGACGCGCUCAUCUCACAACACUUCUCCUCGAUCCAGCAUGCGCCCCGUGAACGAGACUUGCCACAACACGAGCAAUUCGGUUAUGACUUCCUCAAGGCAAUCCUACUAUGGCUUGACAGCGGUCCCAGCGCAGUGGUGGAGGGCUUUUCAAGCCGUAGCCCAAGUACUCGGUGUCCCUGCCCACAAGAAUCCGACAUGGACGCGAUCGACGAAAUUAUAAUCCCGUAUUUGCUCGACUUGGCGAGCGACGAGCCCAUUGUAAAUGUGGAUGUAUCAAAGUUCGAGACGGACGAUACGCGGGUAUUAUACAGUUCUGAAAAGGCUGCAGUACUUGCAUUUGCACAAGCAUUAAAGGUGCCUUUCGCGGAUCUGACCGGAGCAGUAGUUCCCGCGUCAGGCGAUGGUUCACUGCCCCAUGAUGUUCAAGACCGAGCCAGGGCCAAAAGGCGAUGGGCAUAUUUGGUCGGAAGGGGAGUUCUGCGAAAUGCGGCCAAAGACAUCAAGUUCAAGUUCGUCGAUCGUGCCUUCGGAGGCCGUGGUAUCGCGGACAACAAGGUCAGAGCUGAGGAACAAGCAUUGAGGGAACAACAGGAAGACAUCGAUCCUAUUGAUGAUGACGGUCCUGUCGCCGAAGCAGAGCUCGUGGGACGCGCGCGGGGAAACAGCCGAACCGCAGGAACGGAGACUGCAUCCAUGGGUGAUAGUGAAUCAGAUGCACUAAUGGACGAGGAACAAGAUUCGGACGAAGAAGAUGACGAUGAUGACGACGAUGACGACGACGACGACGACAACUCAGAUGAAGAGGAUGAGGACGACGAGGACGACUCAGAUGACGAAGGCCUCAGGCGAACAAGAAGUGGCGGCGUGCUAUGGCGGUCAGACUUUGGUCGUACCAAGCUCAGUAGGGAAAAGGUGGAGCUUGACGUGCCAUGCGCGCCUCACACACGCGUAUACAGAGGCCACUGCAACGUCAAGACGGUCAAAGACGUCAAUUACUUCGGUCUACAGGACGAUUAUGUCGUCAGUGGAAGUGAUUCUGGUCACGUCUUCAUUUGGGAUCGCAAGACAGCUCAGCUUGUCAACAUCCUCGAAGGUGAUGGCGAGGUGGUGAACGUUGUUCAAGUGUCCGGCAUCGACCACACGAUCAAAAUCUUCUCGCCUGAUGCCCGCGAUCAGCGCAAUGCCCGGAAAGGAAUUGGUGUUCAGUCCUCGGAUCCGGGAAGCUUCUCAAGCCUGAAUUGGGGACGUAGGAGACGCGCCCAAGCAAACGACAACGAAGAGCGUCCCGGUGAAGAGCGUGCAAACGAAGAUUUAAGCGAUAGCGACGAGGAGGUCACCAUGAACGGGCUGAAGAGCCGCAAGCGCAUGCACGAAGCGUAUCAAAUCACUUCGCAGAACGACAUGGACCGCAAAGGGGGCAGGGAGGAUUACUUCAUCUCUUCCGAACAGCAAGCAGUCUUUGCGCAAUUGGCUCGUCAUAUGGCUGCUCAGCAGGCUGCUGGUGGUGGUGCCGGUGGUGCCGGUGGUGGUGGUGGAGGAGAUGAGGACACACCCAUUGUCGUUACUGAGGAGAAUUGCUCGGUAAUGUAG